GCCGACAUCGCAUCUCGAAGUGAAGAAUCAACACUUCACACAAUGGCAGCCAGAACACUACGAAUAGGCCUCAUUCCAGGUGAUGGCAUUGGAAAAGAAGUCAUCCCCGCCGGUCGCCGUCUCCUCGAAGCUCUCCCCUCCUCCCUAAACCUAAAAUUCGAAUUCGUCGACCUCAAAGCCGGCUUCGAGACCUUCGAACAAACCGGUGCCGCUCUCCCAGACAAGACCGUCGAGAUCCUCAAAACCGAAUGCGAUGGCGCUCUCUUCGGCGCCGUCUCUUCCCCUUCGACUGCCGUCAAAGGCUACUCGUCUCCCAUCGUCGCGCUCCGCAAGCGUCUCGAUCUAUAUGCCAAUGUGCGACCCGUUAAAAGCGUCAUGACGGCCAAGAAUCCGAUCGAUAUGGUCAUUGUGCGAGAGAAUACCGAGGAUCUGUACGUGAAGGAAGAAAAGACCUUUGAUGGUCCAGAUGGUAAGGUCGCAGAAGCUAUCAAGCGGAUUUCGUACAAAGCCAGUUUCCGGAUUGCGAAGAUGGCGGGCGAGAUUGCGUUAAGGAGACAGAAGAUCCGGGAUAGUGGUGCACCGAGCAUUCAUAAGAGUCCCAUGGUCACGGUCACGCAUAAGUCGAACGUGUUGAGCCAGACGGAUGGAUUAUUUAGAGCUACGGCUCGAGAGGCGUUGGCGGAUCCUAGGUUCAAGACUGUGGAUGUUGAGGAGCAGAUUGUUGACUCGAUGGUCUACAAGUUGUUUCGUCAACCAGAGACUUAUGAUGUUAUCGUUGCUCCUAAUCUUUAUGGAGAUAUCCUCUCAGAUGGAGCUGCGGCAUUGGUUGGGUCUUUGGGAUUGGUACCUAGUGCUAAUGUUGGAGAGGGAUUCGCUAUUGGUGAGCCGUGCCAUGGGAGUGCUCCUGAUAUCAUGGGCAAGAAUAUCGCCAACCCAAUUGCUACUCUGAGAAGUGUGGCAUUGAUGCUGGAGUUCAUGGAUGAGGAGGCUGCUGCUGCUAAAAUCUAUGCUGCUGUUGAUGGCAAUUUGGAGGAGGGCAAGCUGCUGAGUCCUGAUUUGGGAGGAAGUGCUACUACCACUCAAGUCCUUGAGGAUAUUCUCGGACGUUUGUAGAUUUGGUUGGAUAGAUCAGUUGAUAGAGGCGUCUAAAAUGUGAUAUCCAUCAUUCUAUUACACAGUGUAAUUGGCUUCCUCGAGCUAUGUGACAUAUCCUUGACACCAAUCAUACAAAGCAGAGUCUUGUUUGACGCCGUCCAUGCACCCAUAUAAUACACAUGCGCUCCUCUCCAUGCAAGCCGAGUAUUGUAGGAUCUGCUUGUAUAAUCCCAACUCAAUUCUCCCCACC